GCCGCCGCCGCCGCCGCCGCCGCCGCCACCGCCGCUACCGCUGCUCCUCUUCUCCUCUUCUCCUCUUCUCCCAGUCUUGGGUUUCCCAGGCGCUGCUGCCGCCGCUACCUCUGCGGUCUGUAUGAGGAGGAGGAGGAUGUGAAGAUGGCGGAGCUGCAGAUGCUGCUGGAGGAGGAAAUCCCGGGGGGCCGCCGGGCCCUCUUCGACAGUUACACGAAUCUGGAACGGGUGGCAGAUUACUGCGAGAACAACUACAUCCAGUCAGCAGAUAAGCAGCGAGCUCUAGAAGAAACCAAAGCCUACACCACCCAGUCCUUAGCAAGUGUUGCCUAUCUGAUAAAUACCUUGGCCAACAAUGUUCUACAGAUGCUGGAUAUUCAGGCAUCCCAGCUACGAAGGAUGGAAUCUUCAAUCAAUCAUAUUUCACAAACCGUUGAUAUUCAUAAAGAGAAAGUUGCAAGAAGAGAGAUCGGUAUUUUGACUACCAAUAAAAACACUUCAAGGACACAUAAGAUUAUUGCUCCAGCCAAUCUUGAACGACCAGUUCGUUAUAUUAGAAAACCUAUUGACUAUACAAUUCUAGAUGAUAUUGGACACGGAGUAAAGUGGUUGCUUAGAUUUAAGGUGAGUACCCAGAAUAUGAAGAUAGGUGGGCUGCCACGUACGACACCUCCAACUCAGAAACCCCCCAGCCCUCCCAUGUCAGGGAAAGGGACACUUGGUACUGCAGCAGUUGGGAAAGGAUGGAUAUUCAUUUAUUUGUUUCUGUCUUUCUGGGGAUGUUAUUCUUUUCAUAUCCUAUUUUUUUUUCCCCCUCUAGUUGUGGCAAUUUAUGAUUAUACAAAAGACAAGGAAGAUGAGCUGUCCUUUCAGGAAGGAGCCAUUAUUUAUGUCAUCAAGAAGAAUGAUGAUGGUUGGUAUGAGGGAGUUAUGAAUGGAGUGACUGGGCUCUUUCCUGGGAAUUAUGUUGAGUCUAUCAUGCAUUAUUCUGAGUAAAGCUCAGCAGGGCUGUGUUUCCCUCACAGGAAUAGUCAGGUCUUCCCAGAUUAUCAAAAGGCCCUGGGGAUUCCCCUCCAGUGAAAUGAAGGAAGGAUACAAAUGACACAAACUACUUAUGUUUUUUUGGUUUACUCCCCAGUAUUAAAAAAGCAAGCUGAAUCUGAACAAAUGGAUCUUUCUGCCAUUAUUUGUACUAUGCUGAGCUGUUUGGAUUAAAAUAAAGUGACCAUUUCUAAAUAGGUCAGAGGUGUAACAGCAUAUAACUCUGUAAGACAAAUCAGGUUAAGACUGAUUCAGAAAAUCUGGGAUCUUUCUCAGGAAUACUGUACACCCUUGGGAUUUCUCCUCCUGCAGAAUCUGUGGCAUUGGACGUUCUCCAGUGCCUGUGCCAGAGGGUCAGCCUUGUGGCCCUAGUGCCGUACCCGGCCCCACGCUUUCUUCCACUCGGAUGAGGAGCAGAGAACUAGUAUUUAAAUAGCAUACGUAACCAUUUUUAUAACUGUUUCGAUGGCUUCUUUCCUCUUAACACUGUAAAUUCUGCCUUCUCUCAGCACUUGAGUGCACCGAGUGAGUGCUGCUGACUUGCAUCCCUUCGUGUUUUUCACUUUGUAGACUGAGGAUGAUGAAGUGAGUCCCCAGACAUUGCGAGGGUGGUUAACAGUUGCUGGUUUGAGUUCAGUGUGCUGCGGCCGCUGCAGGAGACUGCGCUGCCACCGAGGGCUUGUGGGCCCAGGCGUGUGACACGCGGUCGCCUGGCUCCCAGACUGAAGCAGGCGUGUGAAGCUAGAUGUGAGGCUCCUGAGGUUGAGACUGACCUGGAGAAAAUGUUGUGCUCUAGGCAUCCUAGACCUUUGCCUUAGGCACGGUUUCCAGGAGUAGAAUCUUGGAGGUCAGACCAGCUAUUUCUUUACUUCUCUCACUAUUCAGGAAGACAUUCUUUCUUGGAAAACAGCAGUUAUUUUCAAGUCUCUUGACAGUCACUGGGAAUCAGAGGCUUGCUCCUGUGCUCCCCGAAUGUUGUUAAUGGCCAGUGUUACUGCUGCUGAGUUUACUUAGUUCUAGGAAAGGUAAAUACUCUCCCGGUUUUUUGAUUGGCUUUUGAAGUCGCUGCUCUUGGCAAGAAUUUGAACCUUCUAUCUUGGACUAAGAAUAGUGGGAUGAGAGGUUUAAGGCCAAAUACUCAUCUACUUACAUAGAUAAAAAUCAAGAUAAUUUUGAGCAAAACAGUAUUUUUUUCUGUCUGUACAAGUUACAGCUUCACAUUCAGUGGAGCUCGUAAGGCAGCUGGCUUUAACCAUCGCUUCUUUAAGUGGUGUAAAAAAUACCGAUGAAAGGGUCCAGGAGGGCUUGCUGCUCAGCAGCUGGAUUUUGUGGUGAGGACCCAGCUCACGGGCCCAGAGCUGCCUUGGGUUUGUCCCCGUCCCAGGGACUUUGCCAAGUCAUUUCCCGGUGCUGGGUAAAAAGGGGACAGAGAGGCAGGCACUGCGUUUAUUUCAAAUGAAGGCCUUGAACAGGAUAAUGUAGGUAAGGGGAUCUGACUGAAAAAUGAACAAGUGCACUAGUGUAUGAGGGAAUUCAGAUGGUGUAAGCAGAAGUUAAUAUUCCACUUGUAGAUCUGUUUUCGGAGCACAAAACUUCAACACUAUUUAACAGACCCAGAUACAGGGUUCCCUUACCAAGACUUUUUGUUUUAAAGUUGCAGGGGUUUUCCCCCACACAUUGUAAGGUAGCUAUUUUGCAUUUAGAUUUCUUCAACAUUAGCGUUCAUUAACUUGCCUCCACUUCAUGCUUUUGUUAGGUCAUCUUGACAUUCUUUAUGCUCUGUUUUCCUUUAAAGUAAUGGCCCUGAGUGUCCUCUGAGCCUUCAGGUUCAUUAUGGACCAAGACUAUCUACCUGGAUAGGUUAAACUCUUCUUAGUGUUGGUGUAUAACUAGGAAAACUGUUUUGAAAUUUAGAUGUGUUCCAGUUUUUACUUCAAUAGCUUUGUGCUGAGAAAGCUUAGUGGAUUUUUAAGGCAAGAGGGUAUUUUGAAAUCCCAUAUAGUAUUCACAGCUCACACCUAUAGAAGCAGAGAAGAUAAUUGUGCAAAAAAAGUUGGUGGCGGUCACCUUGCCUUUUGGACCCCUGCUGGACUGUGGCCUGCAGAAGACACUGGUGCAGUCCUUCAUACUGAAGACCUGCAGCAGAGGGGGCUCCAUCGGUCAGCUGACUUUUUCUAUAUUAUUUAACACUAAUGUAUACAAUUGUUUUAAAAAUACCUGUUGGAUUUUCUGCAUAUUUUAAAUUUUUGUACAGUUUUAAAUUCUAUAUAUUGUCUUGGAAGGAUGCUAUGUAAUGAUGACGGGCCAGGCCUACAGUAAUUGGAGACUUUUAAUGUAUGUAAUAUUUCAUAGAUUGCAUGCUAUUAAUAGUCUGUGAAGGUAGUAUUUCUUGAUUUAUCGUAAGUCCCCCCUCCCAAUUUAUUUUUUUUAUGAACUACAGGAUGGUUGGUAGUAGGAAUUCCAAAUGAAUGCAGAAAUCUUACAGGAUACAUAAUAUUGUGGCAAAGAUGACCCAAGUCUAAAAUCUGCUGACUUGUAAGCAACCAUUUUAACAGGAUAAAGGGAGAAUCUAAUGGGAGAGGGGAUUUUUUAUCCUUCUGAAGUGCUUUUCCUUAAAGUAAAAGUGACUGAAGUCUCUCUCCCCCUCCCACCCCCCCCACUUUUGGUACUAGUAUUUGAAAGGCCCGGGGGAGAUGAAUGAAAAUCACUUUCUUGUUGACCUUAUGGCUAAGGCAAUAAAUCAAAAACCAAAAUAGUGUCAAGAUCUAGACCUGAGAGAUUCAGCCCCAUCUGUAUUUGGAGUAAAUAUGAUUCUUUGAAGAUGUCUUGUUCAGUAUUCUCCAUUUUUUGGCUACCUGCUUUCUAUCUCCCUCAGGGGCACCUGCUGUUCCCAUCUUAGGAGUGGCAAGGGCCUGCUACUUUUGCUGUGUUCCUAGAAGUCACUAGGUGAGACUUUCUUAUCCCUCGCUUUCUUUCCCCCCAUCCUGCUGCUGUUUCUUACCCAGCUAGACAGAAGGUUUAUGCAUCUUUGCAGUGAUGUCUGUGAUGGAGCUGUGCUCCCUAGCAGUUUUAUGUUGAUUACAGAUGAUUACUUAGGAUUUUUCUGCUUGAGAGGCAUCAAAAUGACGGUAGUUUUGCUUUUAUCCUUUUGUGUUUUCUUUUAGCAGGUACCUUUCUGCAUUAAGAACUGUUCCUUUAUUUUUAAAUUACCUUUUCUCCUCAGUGGAGAGAGCAUGACAUGUUCUGAAGGCCACCUUUCCCUUGGAAAAGGGUUUGAUGAAGGAUUUGGCAGGUGACUGCCAAGUCUUCGAAAAGAAUGGGGAUCUGAAUCACUUCCCAUCUGUUCACUUCUGAACUUCUUUGGCCAGGAACUCCUGACUGGUGUUAAGGUGAUUUCCCUUCCAUGAUUUACUUAGAAUCCUAGAAUUUUAGAGCUACAUGAGAUUUAAAAAAUUUUAGUUCAUUUUAACUGAUGAGGUUAGAUGUUUCAUUUCAGAUAACAGCUAGUUAACAACAGUAGAGUUCCUGACUCAAUGCCUGUACUUUUUCUACAGCUGUCUUAAUUGAAUAUGCUGUAUGUUUCUUUAAAAAUUACGAGUGCUACUUGAUGUCUUCAGGAAGAUACUUGAAAAGAUAACACUGUUUUGAUAAAUUCCAUCAGUAUUCAAACUGUUUAAAGGAAUGUACUAAAGCACAACUUAAUUAGUGAAAAUUAUCUUCAUGUUAACCCUUCUACUACUCCACUCAGUACUAUGUAGCAAAAAAUAGGUUACCUGAUUUCAGCACUGGCAGGAGCACAGCAAAGAGCCUUAGUUGAGAGAGGCUUAUAAAACAGUAUUUUUACGGAGGCAUUGUGCUCAUAAUCUUACGUUUACUUUAUUCCUGUUUCUUUUUGAGACUCUCAUAAACCUUAAAAAAAAAUUGACAAAUGAAACGAUAGGGCCUAGCUGUGUAUAAAUGAUCCUUGCUCAGUAUCUUGAGAUUUUUUUGUAAAACACAAACACGAAAAACUUAUUUUCACAUUACGAUGGAAAUGUCUUUUGCAACUUCAGAAUUCUAUGGAAAAGCAGUUUUUCAUAUUUUGUGUCCAAGCAUCUUUUUUCUUAAAAUGGUUUACAAAAAAGAAUGUUAAACAACUUGUGAUCUGGCCAGUUGUAUUUUUAAAGCUCCUGCAGGGAGGGUUGGUAUCCUGAGCUGAGUAGAAAUCAUGCAGGAAAACUUGAGGGAGCAGUCUGUUGCCGGUAAUGUUUGUCGUGUGUGCCAUUAAGCCACCUCCAGCUGAGUGGGGGAAUCUUCACUUUUUAAUUUCGAAAUUGUAUUUGAAAUUGUUGCUGUGUACUAAGAACUUGACCUAAAUAAAAUUCUACAAAGUAUG